CAGCCGCAGUGAUCUGCAACCAGAUAAAAUGCCGCGCUCAAACGUUUUAGGGCAUGGCGUGGUGGAACUUGAGCAGCGACAUUGCUGGGGCAGUCACCAAAAUCAGCGAGGGCGUCAAGACCAUCGAAAGGAAUUUCGACUCGGCACUGGGAUUGGAAGGUAGCGCUGGCAGCAACAAAGCAGAGGAGGUGACGCCGCCUGCUCCAGCCCCAGAUCCGGAGCUGCCCAGAUCGCCACGGACCAAUGACGCGCUGGACCCAGGUGAGAGUGAGAUCGUCCAGACGCAGGAUGCAGCGGCGGCGGCGGCGGCGGCGGAGGAGGAGGAGGACGACAAGCAACCCAGCAGUGAGGCCCAGUUAACUCAUGAGGAGGAGGUGCUCGACGAGGCCCACCAGAUCUCACGGCUCAUCGAGGAGAAGGAGCAGCUCAGGCGCUCCCUGGAGGAGGCCAGCAAGAAACGAAGCAGCCAAGUGGAACUGGAGGCGCUCAAGCAGGAGCUAGGCGCUGCCGAGCGCAAAGUGUACGCCCUGACCAAGGAACGUGACAUGCUGCGUAGAGAAGUGAAUCGAAAGUCCGACUCCACGGCCCUGCUCAAGGAGAAGGACGAUAUCAUUAAACAGGUCAUGGCCGAAGGUGAAGAGCUCUCAAAGAAGCAAGCUUCUCAGGAGGCUGCAAUCCGGAAGUUACGGUCCCAGGUUCGGGAGCUGGAAGAAGAGAAGCAGCGGCUCCAUUCCAAGCUACAGGUUGAAGAAGCCAAAGUAGAGAGCAUGAGGAAAGAUAAAGCCGCCACGGAGAAAGCGCUGCAGGAGACGCUUGACAAGGGGCAUGCGGAUCUCGCAGCCCAGAGGGAAUUCUAUACCAAGAUGGUGAACGAAGCAAGGGAAAGUGAGGCACGCGCGGAAUCUCGUGCGAGCAGCCAGGCCAAAGCGGACCUGGACCAGCGGCUGCAUCAGGCUGCUCAGAGGGAGAGCGCUCUUGUGCAAUCGCUCGAGGAGCUCCGCCAGGGCCUAAGUCGAGCAGAACAAGUGGCAGCGUACCGGGAGGAUGUGCUGAGGAAAGACAUUGAAAGCCUCGAGAGGCGCUGCCAGGAUGCAGAAACGCGGUAUGAUGAUCUUGUUGCGCGGGUUCCCGAGUCCACGAGGCCUUUGCUCCGUCAAAUAGAGGCAAUGCAGGAGUCAUCGGCUAUGAGGGCGGAAGCUUGGAGUGGUGCAGAACGAGCUCUCAACUCUCGCUUGCAGGAGGCUGACGCAAAGGCAGCAGCUGCAACGGAACGGGAGAGAGCUACAAACGAGCGCUUGUCACAGACGUUGUCACGGCUGGCGGUCAUGGAAGCUCAGGUGUCGUGUGUCAAGGCCGAGCUGUCUCAAGUGACGCGCUCGCUUGAAGCGGAGCGGGCAAGAGCAUCUGAGACCCGGCAGGAGUUGUUAGCUGCACUGGAAUCGGCUGCAUCACACGAAGGGCGAGCCAAAGUUUUGCACGAGGAAUUGAUUGAUGUCAAGGAGAAGUAUGCACAAGUCCUUGGCCAGGAGAGGUCCCGAAGGCUAGCACUGGAGCAGGAGCUCAGCAGAGAGCGAGAAAUGCGCGGAGAGGCGGAGGAGCGGGUGCAGCGGGUUGCCGACGACAAGAUGAACAGUCGCGCGGCAGCUUCAGGUACACAACAGUGGCGCUUGCCUAGCUUGACGAGCGUCAAUGGCAUGGAGGAGGGUCACUUCUUGCAGGCGUCGCUAGACUCUUACAAGGCCAUGGUGGCGGAGCCGCCGCCUCCUUCGCCACCUCCUGUGAGCAAAGGCAAUGUAUCGGCGGAGCAGUUUGAGUCGGUGAUGCGGCACAAGGAGGGGGAGUUGUCGUCGUACGCGACUCGCCUGGCGGAGCUGGAAUCAACUCGAGCUGCGCUGGCCGAAGAGCUUGUGAGAAGCACGAGUGAGUGCGAGAAGCUACGGAGUGAAGCGUCAACUUUGCGUGGUCUGCGUGCCGAGUUGGAGGCGUUACGGCGGAGGCAUGCUUCUGCCUUGGAGCUCAUGGGGGAAAGGGACGAGCAGGUGGAGGAGCUUCGAGCGGAUCUUGCGGACGUGAAGCAAAUGUACAGAGAACAGAUUGAUAUGCUUGUGAGCCAGAUGGGGCUGUACCCGCGUAGCGAACGAGCGCUUGUCGUGUAAAAAGCAAAGAGUUGGCAUUCUCCAUUCUCCACUGCCCUGAAAAUAAUAUCUUGGGGAGCCUGA